AUGGUCAGACGGAAUAAUGUGUUUGAAGUCGUACGUACUUCAAGGAACCGACGUUUCCCGAGGUUUGGUAACCAAAAUAGGCCCAGGGGCAGAUUUUCAUCUGGAAAUCAGAGGUCAUUUGGAAACAACAAUGUAUUCACAGUUCGCAGAGUUUAUAAGACUAAAAGUUUCAAGGGGGGUGUUUCAUCUUUUGGAAGGAGGAAUUUCCGCAGAAAUGCCGACGAGAAAACAACUAUUGUGGUAAAGAGGGGUGGUAGGAACUUUAGAGGUUCAAAAUUUGAGAGGAAUAACAACCGUACUCCCGGUAGAUUUAAUCGUAGAUUUGAUAGAAGGAAGCAAAAUUCCAAGAACGAGAAAAAGACUCAGGAUGAAAUGGUAUAA